AUGCGAUACCAUUUGAAUUCCUUACCACAGUUUGCUACUUGUUCCGAAGAGGGUACCGUCCGUUUUUGGGAAACACGGUCAUUGCCCGACGGUUUGGAUGCUCAGGCUGUGGCCACAUUUCAUCCGUACGAGGUAUCUUGCUUGGCAAGGCCACAUAUUGGUCGGUGGUUGACCACCGUUUCCUGUGAUUCAUCAGAUUGGAAUUGGUUUGUUACCGGUGGUGGGCCUAGUUUGUCCUUGUGGAAUCGUCGCGCUGGAAGGCAUGUGACACCACUACAUCCGGACGCUUUUUCGGACUCGUGGUAUGCACAAACCUCGGUUUUCUCCUUCCCCAAUCACGAGCCCCGAAUUGUGGCCGGGGGAAAUUCCGGACAGUUGUACCGAUGGGAUCACGGUGGUUCACUGGUUUCUUCUGUAUCCUUGAGUGAUCCACCGAAUGCACAGUUGGGUCACGUGAUGGUGAUUAGACCUAUUUCUUCUGCUGGGCUUCCGUUGGAUGAAGAGGACUCGAUCAUGGAUGAUAUCACACUUUUUGAGAACGGAGAUCGAGACAAUGAUGCGGAGUUAAGCUCAUCACCAUCCCGACGUCCUCUUGGUGUAUUAGUUGUUGGUGGAGCGGGACCCGCUAUCCGUGUCAUAUCUGCUUUAGGUUAUCCCUUGGGAACACUUACUUUGUAUUAA